AUGAGGUCGUAUUAUCUCCUUACAUUACUGUGUUGUGUUGCAUUUGCGAGCUGUACUCCUACUCAAAGUCUCUACAGACAGUCGCGUGGAAUAGAGACAGAAUCAGAUCCGGAACCGUGGAUGAUGGAUCAACCUCCAACUGAUGACAUCAUUCAAGACGCCAGGCAAAGACAGAGGCAGGAGGAAGAGGAGCAGAGGGAAGCUAUUCGAUUAGCUGAACAACAGGAAUUCGAGAGGCAAAUCAACAUUGAGAAGUUUAAGCGGACUAUCCUUCAACGCUUGCAUAUGUCCGAGCCUCCUCCAUUCGCUUUUCAUGGUGGUUUUGCCAAUCGGACUAACUCGGAAGGUGUCAUGGAAUCUCUCCCUAUGGCCUUAAGAAAUCGAAUUAUAUCCCAACUACGAUCGGAGGAAGUCAUUGCUGAACCCCCUCCAGAUAGAACCGAUGAACGAGAAACUCUCAUUCUACUCAAACACUUACAUUGGAAAUUACCCAAGGUCUCUUCGGCUACGUUUGGAAUCAGCAUGGCCGAUGAUAUCGGUCCCGCGAGAAUUCAAUCGGCUCUUCUUCAAUUUGAAACAAGAAAUCCAUUGCUAAAAGGACAAAGGCUUGAAGUAUGGGAAGUCUUCCUCACACAGGAGGAUGAAGAUGAAUUAAUAAGUGCUGCUGUUGGUCCCGAUCUUCUGAAACAGUACAGCAACUUAUCUUGGAUGUUUGAUCAAACUCCCACCGGUUAUACUAGUCUUCCGGCACCCGCGGUAAUUCGGGGUUCCUAUGACUCUUUUGCGCAUCACCAGAGAAGCGGUUCUUUGCGUAUUCGAGAAGGGCGAUUAGCUGAAACCUACGUUUCGCAUGGUAAAGGCGCAGUCCAAGUUACUUUCGACAUUAGCGGGGCUUUCUCCCAAUGGCUGUCUCACAGACAUCGCAUGCCGAUGCUGCGGAAGCUAAUUCGAUCUAUAAUUGUCAUAUGCCCAAAGUGUGACAGUCGAAUAGAUCCCGUGGAAGUUGAUAAGGGAAUUCUCGAAAUUCGGCAUCGUAAUGUUGUCAAACGAACCCGAAGGAAGGUGGAUGCGAAAAAUGAAUUGACCGUCGAGAAUCCUUGCAGCACGAACGGUAUUAAAUUCAGCUGCUGCACUCAACCAUUCACUUUGGACUUUGCCGAUGUGGAAUGGAAUACGUGGAUCAUUCAUCCCAAGUCCGUGAUUCCCAAUUACUGUCAUGGCUCAUGUCAAUCGAAUAGUUUGAAGAAGACAUCGCAUUCAGAGAUGAUGCAAAUCUAUCGGAACUUGAAAUACGAUCGUCUAUCGGAGGUACAGCGGGGCGCUAUGCUCUCCUGUUGUCAUCCCAUCAAGAUGGCGAGUCUUAGCGUGUUAUACUUGGAUUUAAAAAAUGAGCUUAAAAUGGACACACUUCAUAAUAUCAUUGUUCAAGAAUGCGGUUGCAGUUGA